GUUUCGAAUGCCUUCAUUUCUUCUCUAUUGCUUACCUUCUUCGUCGCUUUAUCUUACUCUUUUCUCGGGUUUCUAUAUAUCCCAGAAAUCAAAGCAUCCAACAAUUCAUUUCUUCCGUCAAUUCCCAGGAAUAACAUAGUCCUGGUGUUGAUUUCGAAAUUUUGUUCUUUCUCGUGUGAUUUCAUUAGUAAAUUUUCUCCCCUGAAUUUUCUUGCUGAUUCUAAUUGAUUGCUGGUGAGAUCACUGUGUAAUUCUCUCUCUCUGUCUCUCUUUUGGAGUAGAGAGGGAAGGAAAGAAUUGUGAAAGGAAAAAAGGGGGAAUUCUUUGUGGGAUUAAUAUUUGGAAUUGAAUUUGAAUGGCGGGAAUUGGAGGAGGGAAAAGGAGGAUUAUGGUAUCGAUAUCGAGGAUAGCAUGGAGCUUUCUGUUAGCUUCAAUCUUUGUUUCAGCAGAAAGAAGCUUCAAACAUGAAACUUCAACUAUUCCCGAUGAAUCUGAAUCAAACUACUUUAUGCAGUUCACGAAAUUCUUAUGGCAAUCCAAUCAAUCGGGUUACCAACACGUUUGGCCAGAAUUGAAAUUUGGGUGGAAAGUUGUUUUGGGUACCAUAAUUGGAUUCUUGGGAGCAGCUUUGGGGAGUGUUGGUGGUGUUGGCGGUGGUGGCAUAUUUGUUCCCAUGCUUGCCUUAAUUAUAGGGUUCGAUGCCAAAUCAGCAACUGCUAUUUCAAAAUGUAUGAUCAUGGGUGCAGCAGUCUCAACCGUCUAUUAUAAUCUUAAGCUACGGCAUCCCACAGUUGAUAUGCCCAUCAUUGACUAUGACUUGGCUGUGCUUAUCCAACCAAUGCUUAUGCUGGGGAUUAGCAUUGGAGUUGCUUUCAAUGUGGUUUUUGCUGACUGGAUGGUUACAGUUCUGUUGAUCAUUCUCUUCAUAGGCACAUCGACCAAGACCUUUUUCAAAGGUGUUGAAACAUGGAAGAAAGAAACCAUUAUGAAAAAGGAGGCAACUAAGAUCUUGGAUGGAAAUGUUAGUGGCACAGAAGAAGAAGAAUACAAGCUUCUUCCCGGUGGCCCAAGCAACAGUUCCGAAACGGAGGCCAAUGUCUCUGCAGAACCAAAGGUCACUAUUCUUGAGAAUGUUUGCUGGACAGAAUUUGGGCUUCUAGUUUUUGUUUGGGUUGCAUUUCUGGCACUGCAAAUAACUAAGAACUAUACUGCUACAUGUUCUGUUGCAUAUUGGGUAGUGAACUUGUUGCAGAUCCCAGUUUCCGUUGGGGUAUCCUCGUACGAGGCAAUGAGCCUGUACAAGGGAUGGAGAAAAAUUGAAUCCCGGGGAGAUGCAGGCACCAACUUGCAAGUGCACCAAUUGAUCGUCUAUUGCUCCUUUGGCUUACUGGCUGGUGUGGUUGGGGGGCUGCUUGGUCUAGGAGGAGGAUUCAUCAUGGGUCCACUGUUUUUAGAGCUGGGAGUCCCUCCUCAGGUUUCAAGUGCCACAGCUACCUUCGCAAUGAUGUUCUCCUCUUCAAUGUCCGUUAUCGAAUACUACCUUCUAAAACGUUUUCCAGUUCCCUAUGCUCUUUACUUUAUUGCUGUGGCAACUAUUUCUGCUUUUAUUGGGCAACAUGUCGUGAGAAAGCUGAUAAAUUUAUUAGGAAGGGCAUCCCUAAUCAUCUUCAUUCUGGCCUUCACAAUCUUUGUGAGUGCAAUCUCACUAGGUGGGGUUGGUAUAUCAAACAUGAUUGGGAAGAUUGAACAGCAUGAAUACAUGGGUUUUGAGAACCUCUGCGAGUACGAUGCUUAGCAUCACCCUCCACAGCCCAUUUGCUUAGGUUCAUGCUCAUCAGGAUACAGGAAUUGGCCAGAAGUUUAUUCCUAUUCGAUUCCAUGGAGGUUUCAUAUUUUCCAUUACUCACUGAUGGUGCCUUUUUUGUAAGAGCUUUGUGCUUCCAAAUAUUUGUAGGAAGGUCGAACAAUAUGAAAGGUAGGAAGUAAUGGGACUCGGAUUGUCCUUCAUUAUAGUUGGCGUAGAAGUAGGAAUUAAGACUUAUUUAUCAUUUCGAUUAUUUAUUUGGACUCUUAGCUUUAUGGUUUUUGUAUUCCCUGUGGAUCCUUUUAUUAUUGACUUAUUGAGACUUUUAUUCUUU